UUAUGCUGUUUCUUGUUUUGCUGUCUCGCGAUUGCCUUUUUAAUCUCGUGAGCACCACGCCUUGCGUCAAGCUGCGUUUAAUUGCGCUUAAUAUUGUUUGACCGGCUGCAUAGGAACGGCUUUCACAAUGACAGACCCGGUAGACGCUGAAAAAGCGACGAAAAAGUUGGUUCAUGCAGGGAUUCCCAAGGCAGAAUGCCUGGACGAUAUGGAUGAAUUUAUGGCGAGAGAAGAGAACCAAACCAUAGAUGCGGCUCUUAAGAACCUCGACGAGCAGCACAGUAAAUACAAGUUCAUGGAAUUAAAUCUGCUCCAGAAGAAACAAAGGUUAAAGAGCCAGAUCCCCGAAAUCAAAACGUCGCUGGAGAUCAUCAAACUGCUUAAAUCGAAAAGGGACUCCUCCGAAGACAUGGAGACGAGGUUCGUGCUGUCAGACCAGGUCUACUCCAAGGCUGUCAUACCUCCUACCGAGAGAGUCUGCCUCUGGCUUGGCGCGAAUGUGAUGCUGGAGUACACGCUAGAAGGGGCGGAGGAGUUGCUCUGUAAGAACUUGCAAACUGCUACGAGGAACUUUACAGAGCUGCACAGUGACCUGGACUUCCUCAGAGAUCAGAUCACAACCACUGAAGUCAGUAUCCUUAACCAAGUUUGUGCUGUACAUUUCUCUCUCGGUGCAAAAGAGAGGAGUAAGUGUUGACGUGGUCUUAUUAGC